CGUUGGACCAUGGCGCGCCCAAAAAAGGCAUCUCAACAAGAUGCCCAGGACACUUCAAUGGGAUUCACCCCAGAGAGGUUUGAAAAGGAGCUGAAAGAUCUGGCUUCCAAGGCCAAGAGCAACACGUGGAGCAACACCGUUGUCGAGCAGGUGGCCAUCUACGUCAAGACCCUGGCGCUGCUGACUCUGCUGGGCGUGUACUCUCAUGCGUCGCAGCUGGCGCUUUCGCCUGUGUAUGGCUCGAUAUCGGCAGCGACGUGGCAUUCCAAGGUGGUCAUGGCGGGAUGCUUCAUUGGCUGGGCGGGCAAUCUGGCGUUUCGUCAAAUCCUCGCCGUGAAGACGUCGCAGCUUCUGCCCCUGGUUGCCAUAUAUGUGCCCAUGGUGCAGUGCUUCUUGUAUAGGUUCAGCCAGACUCUGGGACCGCAGUAUGGGCCCCUGGUAACGGAAGCCGUGACUUUGUUCCCGCUGGCGAUUCUAUCUGCUGCUUCUGUGGCGGAUUGUCUGGACGGUGCAGAUAUGAGCUUGCUGCCCAAGUUUCUGGGGGAGGCCGCCCCUGGGCUCGGAUCGUGGGGAACGUUCAAGCUCGUGGAGCAUAUAGCAGAGAUGCACCUCCGGAAGCAUGUCGGAACAAUGUUUUGGUACACGCGCGUGGGGAUCGAAGUUCUCUUGGCUGGCUCGUAUACGCUGCUUGCGCCGUCCAAGUAUCUGGUCCUUGCGGUCCCGGCAUUGAUACACACGGCAAUGUUCAACCCUCAUGUGUCUACGCCGACGGCUACAGCACUUUUGAACGACACAAUGUUGGCUGAUAACUGGAUGCUUCUGGAUCGACGGGAGUCGGUGACUGGGUACAUUUCGGUGGUGGAGAACACAAACAGCAAGAUGCGGGUGAUGCGAGCGGACCACAGCUUGCUGGGAGGGGAUUGGGUAGAGUGGCGCAAAGAGCAAGUGGUGGAACCUGUUUACGCAGUCUUUGUUACGCUGGAAGCAGUGCGUCUUGUUGAGAGAGAGGUGCCGUUGGCGGACGCUGAUGCCAAGGCCCUGGUCAUCGGUCUUGGUAUUGGAACAGCGCCAUCUGCGCUUGUGUCUCAUGGAAUUGACACUACCGUCGUGGAGAUUGACCCUGUAGUUUACGAAUUUGCCCAGAGGCACUUCCAGCUCAAAGAGAAUCGUCCGGCGGUUAUUGAAGACGCAGUCAAGUAUACUACUCGGGCUGCCAACGAAACCAACGAGGUCUAUGACUACAUUGUCCAUGAUGUCUUCACGGGUGGUGCGGAGCCUGUGAAUUUGUUCACCUUGGAAUUCUUCCAAAAUCUGUAUACCUUGCUGAAGCCCGAUGGCGUUAUUGUAAUUAAUUAUGCUGGCAAUCUAAUGCUACCGACUCCCAAGAUUAUUGUCCGGACUAUCUUACAGCAAUUUCCAACUUGUCGCAUAUUUCGCGAGAACCCCGCUGAUCAGAAAGCCAUUGCGGAGUCAGGCAUAGAUUUCACCAACAUGAUGAUCUUUUGCCGCAAGACUGAAGGCGCACUGACGUUUCGUCCUGUAGUGAAAGAAGAUUGCCUGAAUAGUGUCUCAAGGCAAAACUUUUUGAAACCGCUGAAUGAGAUGUUGCCUCGGGAUUUGUUUUCCAUUGGAAGCGAUGAAGAGGGUAUUUUACUGAGGAAUGGAACGGACAAGGUCAGUAAGGGGCAGCAGGUUAACUCGGAUGGACACUGGGCGAUUAUGAGAAAAAGUUUGCCGGCUUCUUUGUGGGAGAGAUGGUAAUGGAAAGGUUGAAUGUUGAGUCAUUUGAUUGGAAAACAGGAAACGCCUCUUUUUUCUCUGUUUGUGUUCUAAAUUAACGCUUUGUAAAAUGUAUCUUGAACAAUCUCGCAUGUAAUAUCAUAGAUGUAACAUAUAGCGCAUUCUAAGCCUGUUCUUUCUUUCUCUCCCUCUCUCUAUUUCUUUGCAGCCUCAAGAGCAUACUCCUUAUUCUCCUUGUUAUAAUCCUUGAUAAAGUCAGAAACGUUCGAUGGGAUCUCCACCUUGUUAUAUGACGUGGGAAUCGGCUCUCCAACACUGGAGUAGAUGGGCAAAACACCCGUCCACACCGAAUUCUGCGCCUCCUCAUUCUGCAAAUCGUGCUUGUCGUCCAUGACGCCGCCAUCCCGGAUCUUUGCGCUUCCCGAGGCGAUUCUCACUUUGAGGACGCUGGUGCUCGUC